GUGAUGUCCCUUUAAGAUUUAUAAGGAUCUGGGAGUGGCGUGGAUAGGAAACCUAUUUUUAUCCCAUAUUUCCUUCCUUAUGUUAAUUAACCAGACCCAGACUAACGAAUUACAGCCCAAAUUAACAGUUUGAGCAUUCUGAUUUGGUAUAUAUGCAGAAAAAAGAAAAGCUGGAGCAAAUAAGUAUUUAUAUUUGUACUGGGAUAAUACUCACCACGGCUGUCCUUUGAGCUUUUGGGAUAACUUUGGAAAAACUAUUUGGAAUAAUCUGACAGUUUAACCAACAAGCUGAAUAUUUGAUUUGGGCAGAGAUCACUGGCUGAGAACCUUCAAUGAUAAAUUUGACUCCUGUGCCUCACAACAUCUAAUGCAAAUCCUGAAACUGAACUUUCUCUGGAUGUUCCUGAAUGACACCUCAUCUCCUCCAUCCACCUCCAUCAUCCUGCAUGCUGUCUGUCACGAUGCUGGGCUUCCUCAUGCUCAUUUUUUCACUGUGUGAUGCUCUUGAACUAAAGACAAAAAACAGUACUCAUGCCAUAUCUUCAAGUGAGGGCACUAAUAUUAUGUUGACCUGUGAAACUGAGGGAAACCCUCUUCCUGUCUAUAACUGGACUUGUGAUGGGAAAAACAUGUUGGAGAACACAAACAGUCUCAAUAUCACCCUAGUAAAACGCAACACAACCUGCACCUGCACAGCUACCAGUUAUCUAGGAAACAUAACUAAGACAUUCCAUGUUCAUGCUGAACCAAGAGGUUGUCCUUUAACACUGACACCUUCUGAAAUUGUUGUGAAAUUUGGAGAUCCAGUUUCAAUCAACUGCAGCACAUCAGCCACAGAUGUUGAAGGAAUGGGCUGGGAGGCUCCAUUUGGAGGUACAGGAUUUGAACCUGCUCCUGUUGUCACUUGGAGGGUUGAAAAACUAGAAGAGUGGACUCCAAGUCCUUCCUGCUAUGCUACUUUGGUUGAUGGAUCCCAGUGUACUGUGAGUCCAGUCAUCACUGUUUACAAAACUCCAGACUUUGUGUCAGUGUCUGACAUGGGUCAUGGUCCGAUGGUGGAGGGCAGAGAGUACGAUCUGCAAUGUGAUGUCAUCAGUGUUACUCCUGUGCAGAAUCUCACAGUGAAGUGGUACAGAGGCAAUGAAACUGUGCUAACAGCAAUGUUUAAUGAGUCCACUGAGAUCCUAGUAAAUGCAUCUUCUACCCUGAGAAUCUCCACUCAGAGAGAUUACAAAGGAUUAACUUUUAGAUGUGAGGCUGAGCUGCACCUCGGACCCAAAGGACCAAAGUUCCUUCCUAAUAUAUCCUCACCACCUUACACUGCUGUUGUCCUCUAUGCCCCUGAGUUCAAGAAAGGAAAUGAAAGCAAGGAGGUGCUGCAGGGUGAGAAUGUUACUUUUAGCUGUAGUGCUGACAGUAACCCACCCUCAAACAUCAGCUGGAUCUACACAGCUGCUGUGAAUUCAAACAUGACCACUGAGGGACAACAGAAGACUAUCACUAUCACAGGAGUCACGUCUGCCAAUGCAGGCAUUUACAUUUGUGUUGCAGAGAAUGAAGCUGGGAGAAACACACGAUUCGUCUCACUGGUGAUAAAAGAUAAAGUCCCUUUGCUCGUCAUUGGAGCGUUGCUCGCUGCAUUUGCCAUUGGCCUCAUCAUCCUCCUGGUCUUUAUUUACUAUAGAAAGAGAAAAAAUUGGCAUUUUUCUUUUGACACAGUAUCAAAUGCCACAGAUGUCCCUCUGACACCAGCCAGUAGUAAUGCUUAGGAUAUUUCCUGCAUUAAGAAAAAUGAAGUAAAAUUUUAAUUGCAUAUGUAAUUUAUCAUUUGUCCUACAAGUCAAUCAAUAAUAUUGUAUAAAUGUACAUUUAAUUUUUCCAUAAAUUAAUUCCUCGAGUUAAACAACUUCAUAUACCAGAAAACAAAUAGCAGAAAUAUCUAAAAUAAUAAGAAGGUUAUGCUUCAGAGAUAAUAAUGUUAUGUACAUGUCUGCUAAACAGUGCGCCAAACUGCUGUAAAAACAAUUAACAUUAAGCAAUAUUGUCUUAUCUUUGAAUUAAUUUUUUUUAUUGUUUUUAUGUUUUUUGACUCACAGUUCAUUUUAAUUGUGAAAUAUUAAAAGCACAAAGUGUAGCUCUAACAGGUAUUACUGCAUUUAAACAAAGUAGCCUAUUGUCAUAUGCCAGAACUUAAAGGCAAGUUAUUAAUGAUUUGAAUUAGAGAGUGAUCAUCUGCUAUUAAACAAUAGGAUGAUUUUAACCAGUGGAGGCUGUCAGGCUACAGCACAGCCUCCUGGCUGGCAUCCUGUGUGGAGAUCAGAUCGCUUCCUCUUUAAGGCUUAUUAUGAUUUUUGAGAGUGAUGUGGAUAGGAAAGCUAUGUUGACCUGAUUUCCUUCAUCAUGUUAAAUAUUUGGAAAAACCAGGCUAAAGGCUGGCAAGCAUAAUUAAUUGUUUAAGUGUGAUGGUUAUUAAACAAUUAAUCAGCUAUAUGUGCUGAAGAAAGACAAAGCUGGAGCAGUCAGUGUUUAUAUUGUGCUUGGAUCCUAUUCAACAGGACCUUCCUUCAAAUUGCUGGGAUAACUUUGGAAAAGCUUUUGUUGCUUUCUGAAUAAUCUGACUGGCCUGAAAAUUGAUUUUUGCAAAGAGCUUUCAGUGAGUGUAUAAUCUGCUUCACUUGCAUGAUAUUAAAUAGAGGAAGAAAAGAGGAAGAAUGAGAUUAACGGUCAUAAUAUGAAAACUGAAAGCAACUUAGAAAUGGCUUUUUUUUUUAACUCAAGGGCCACCAGUUGGUGUCUAAUGUUACAAAAAAGAACCCUAGUCAAAUUCAAAUUCAAAUUUUAUUUAUCACACACACAACCAUACACAGACAAGUGGUGAAGUGCUUAUUUCUGUGCAAUGCCGGACCAGUAAAGAAUUUACAGAUUUACAGAUUAUGACAAAAUUUACAGAUUUUAACUUAGAAAUUUACAGUAAAAAAAAAAAGAAUGUGCAAAUAACGAUUUAAGAGAGAAAUUGUAAGAAGUGUGCAAAUAAAAACAGCGACGUGAUGUAUGAGAGUCCAGUCCUACACUUGGUUCAGGGCCCAAAUAACCUGGUGAAAGAAGCUCCUCCUCAUUCUCUCUGUUUUGGCCUUAGGGGAGCGGAAGCACUUCCCAGACCUCAACAGUGAGAAGAGUCCAUUGUUGGGAUGGGAGAGGUCCGUCCUAAUCUUCCUGGGUUUGUUCUUGCUCAAAUGAACUGAAACAAUUUUUGGUAGAAUGAUGUUCAUUGCUAGAAUAGUCACUUUAAUUGCUCACUCUCUAUGGUAUUAGUAGCCUGUACUUGCUCUCAUUCAAGUGUUUGUACCACUGUGUAGAAAUAAAAAACAAUAACGUUUUGGAGAAUUACACAUUGACAUAUGCCUACUAAUUUGUCUCUGCCUUCUUCUCAUUUUGAUGUCACUGUGUCCGAUAUAUACAGUUAACUCCAUACAUAAUUAAAUAAAUUUUAUUGCGACUUUGUCUCUUUAUGCCAU